AUGGGAGAAGAAAACCAAUCCUAUGUGAAUGAAUUUGUCUUCCUGGGACUUUCACAGGACCCAAAGACACAAGUCCUGCUCUUUAUAAUAUUCUUUAUUAUCUAUGUGCUGACUGUACUGGGAAAUCUGCUCAUCAUUGUGCUCAUUCAUAUAGACUCCAAACUCCACACACCCAUGUACUUUUUCCUCAGGAACUUAUCCUUUGCUGAUCUCUGCUUUUCUACUACCACAGUCCCCCAAGUGAUGGUCCACUUUCUGGUGAAAAAGAAAGCCAUCUCCUUUGCGGGAUGCUCAACACAGAUAUUUGUUUUACUUCUGCUUGGAUGCACAGAGUGUGCUCUGCUGGCUGUAAUGUCCUAUGAUCGGUAUGUGGCUGUCUGCAAGCCUUUGCACUACUCUGCCAUCAUGACUCAUGGAGUGUGUGUACUGAUGGCCUUAGGGUCCUGGGUCAGUGGAGUACUUAUUUCUCUGGUGGAUACCACAUUCACAUUACACCUGCCCUAUCGAGGAAACAAUGUUAUUAACCAUUUCUUUUGUGAGCCUCCUGCCCUCCUGAAGCUGGCUUCUGCAGACACCUACAGCACAGAAAUGACCAUCUUUGCUAUGGGAGUGAUUAUACUUUUAGCUCCUGUAUCCCUGAUUCUUGUCACCUACUGGCGUAUUAUCUCUACUGUGAUUCGAAUGCAGUCUGGAGAGGGAAGACUCAAAGUUUUCUCUACUUGUGGUUCCCAUCUCAUUGUUGUUGUUCUUUUCUAUGGAUCAGGAAUAUUUGCCUACAUGAGACCAAACUCUAAGGAAAUGAGUGAAAGCGAUAAAAUGAUCUCUGUCUUUUACUCAUUAGUGACACCAAUGCUAAAUCCCAUUAUUUAUAGUCUAAGGAAUAAGGAUGUCAAAGGGGCUCUCUGGAAAAUGAUAGCAAAAUAA